UUUGGCCGGGACGACCUUUUUCGCUGCUUCUGACGGUUUUGGUUAAGGCUGUCAGGCAAAGCAAAAUCGGUUUGUAAUGGAGCAAAACCGCGAUAAAAGCACGUCUAGAGGGUGUAAUUAAUAUUCUGGGGUAUUUCCAUGCGGCUGUGUGUGGAGUUAGUGCUUUGUUUUAUUGAGCUAGUCGCGUCAGUUAGCUUGGGAAGGAAUUAGCUGCAGGUUUGACGUUAGCUAGCAGCGCUAAUGACCCAGCAGCGCGCGCGAGCUGUUUUAUUUGUUGUUGUUGUUUAUUGCAUGUAUUUGGGACGGUUUGUGUUUUCUGUGUGUUAAGCACGUUUUAAGUGUCUAACACUGAGGAUAAUGCUAAUGCUAAGUGCCCCGUUGGCACAGAACAGGACUGAGCUAGCCAUUUUGGGAAUAAUCAUUGAUUGGAGAAAUCAAACACACAAUUAUUAUUUAUUGGACUGCAUUAAGGUAACAUGAGUGCACGGUUUGUGUGAUUUUCUGUAAAUGCAAUUUAAAUCGCAAGCAAAUAUCUGUGCAGAGCAUUAUAACUGACUGAAGAUUUAGGCUGAUGCAUGAAAACUUUACAUGCAGAAAAUGUGGGUUUGAUGAUGUACUUGAAUGCAUGCGUGUGUGUGUGAGAGAGAGAAAGGGCACGCCACGCCACGCCACAUCGGCAGGGUUUCUGAUCCACGCGUUGCUGUUCAGGCAAACAAGGAAAUGAAAUAAGAGAAAAGGUGCAGGGGGAAGAAACGCCAACUGUGCGGAAGGGAAGGGAAGAGUGGAGUGGAGCUCAUGCACUUCGUGUGUGUGUUCACAUCGACCUGAAGGGUUUGAAUGAGACAGGAACCGCAUCUGUGGUUUUAGUAAAAUAUGCGCCAUUUAUUUUUAGAUAAAUGAGUUAAUCAGCGACUGUAAAACCGUCCAGUCUCGCGCGCGCUUUAUUUAUUUCUACUUUUUUUUUGAGUGGGGGGUGGUUCGGUUCUCCGGAACAUGCUCGGGUUCGGAGCGAAUCGUCGUGGAGGUCGGCUCCCGUCCUUCGUCCUGGUCGGUAUGAUGGUGGUGCUGGUUCUGCUCAGCUACAACUACUGGAGCGUGUCGCGGCAGCACGGGCGCGCGCUGGACGAGCUGGCCGAAGUGCACGCGCAGGUGAAGCGUACGGACGCCGCGCGCAGCCGCCUGGAGAAGCGCAACUCCGAGCUCAUGCUGCAGGUGGACACACACCGGCGUCAGAUCGACCAGAAGGACGGUGACUUCAGCAUGCUGGAGGGCAAACUGCAGGCGCGGGAUGCACUUGUGAAAAAGUGUUCAGAUGAAAAGAUGAAGCUGCAGAGUGAACUCGCACAGAAGACCACUGAUCUCAACCGGCUGAAAGAGCAGGUGAAGGAGAUGAGGGAUGAGAUUAUUAGGCAGGAGGAGCAGCUGAGGGAGGUGAAGAAGAACAACACGAACCUCGACAGGAAGAUGGAGUAUGAGAGCCUGCAGUGCGGCCGACAAAUAGCGCAGCUUAAAGCCGAGUACGAGGCGAGCAGGAAGCUGUUGAAAGAGAGAGCCACCCCAUUAAAAAAGGACGUGGUGGACUUGCGUAAAGCUGGCACAGUGGCCGCUCAGGCCGAGCGCGAUACAGUGACUGCAGUAGAGCGCCACCAAGUGGCUUCACAGCGUCACAACAGCCCUGAUAUAAAAGAUGAUUUGGGGAAACCAGGAAGUGAUGCUGGAAUGCCUGGUAUUGAAGACAGUGAAGUGGGGAAGGCCGAUGAAAUUCAGUUUGCCCUGAAGAAGCCGGCCAUCACAGCGCAGCACCUGGAGCCAGCGGAGGCGGCCGUGGCGGUGCUGCAGGACAAACACCCCGGAGCUGGAGCAGGUGCUGGUCCGGAUGCUGGAGCUGAUGCUGCUGUCGACACUAGAGCAGGAGCUGGAGAGGGACCUGGGCUCGAUGCUCCUCACGGCCUCCCUCUGGACCGUCCCGACCUUCCCCAGGACAGAGGAGCAGGAAAAGGUCUCCCGUUAAUCCAGCAGCAGGUUCCCCAGCUGAUCGUGGACAGACCCAUGGUGUUGAACGAAGGCAACAAGGCAGCCGUCCAAGCAGACGAAUUCGGAGCGCAGCGGCGCCACGUGAAAGAUCCUGAUCAUCUGAGAGCAGCGCUGCCUCCUCCCCCGAAUCCGGCUCAGGUUUUGCCCAACCCCAUCGAACCUCAGCGAGAUGCUGCCCCUGCUGCACCGCUCCGACAUCGUCAGAGCCGCUUCUUUGACGAGAACGAGUCCCCCGUAGAUCCGCAGCGCACCUCCAAGCUGGCGGACUACAACGGGGACGACGGCAAUGUGGGCGAGUACGAGGCUGACAAACAGGCCGAGCUGGCCUACAACGAGGAGGAGGACGGCGACGGCGGCGAGGAAGACGCCCAAGACGAUGAAGACCGGGAGGUUCCAGGAGAACGUGGCGUGGACUACGGCAAGCGGCGCCAAGCCGUCGACAUCCUGUAGCUUCAGUCUGGAGUCUCAGAUCGAGACGUCUCGCAUAGUCACACGUACGAGACUGAAUUAACAAAAAAUAAUCACAAAAUAUAAAGGAGAAUGACUUGAACUGCGUCUUACCUGGAGCUGUCGUGCAGCGCGGCGGCUAUGUGGAUGUUUCUGUUCAACUUUUAAGAAGGAUUUCACUUUUUUUUUUUUUUUAAUGUCUUUCAUCCUUGACUUGAAAUGGAUUUAAAAAUAUCAGAAGGAUGUGUAAAAUGACUAAUGUGCACAUGUGUGUGUAUAUAUUUAAUAUGUACAUUAGUGAGUUUUCCGUUAAACUGAUUUGUGGGUCCGUCCCCCCCCCCCCCCCCCCCCCCCCCUUUUUUCUCUCAAGUCUAAAGCAGGCUUUUCAACGGACAUGCACCUGCUAAUGAUAUGUAUUUUUUCAUUAUUUAAUUUUUAAAAAAUAACGAUGCUAGCCUUAUAGGUUCCUGGCCUAUCAUUGUGGCAGUGGUUCUCGACAAAGAACCUAAACUCACAUGAGAACAAGGUCAUUACAGAGGAUAUGGUUGUUUUUGUUUUUUCCCUUUAUCGAACGCUGUGUUUUCAGAAACACUGCAUGGGAAGUUGCCUUUUUUCCUUUCUUCUUUGCUCUUUCUUUCUUGGAGACACUUUUGGACAAUAAAUUGUACAGGACUCUCUCAAGUCACUUCAGAUUAAUAUUCCUGCUCUGUUAAGAACUCUACAGGUGAUUUGAACAAAUGGGUUUUUUUUGAUGGAUUUUAUUUUACUUUUUGCAUGCGAGAAAUUGGAUAUUUAGCCUCCAGAAAUACACAAAGCAAUACCCUGUACCACAGCAAAAAGAGAGAUGCAGCUUCCUGUUUGCCUGCCAGAUGUCCAUGAAAUUGAUGAUUGAUGUACAUAUUUCUGCCACUGAUUCUACUGAAUUAUUCUGUAGAAAACCUCAGUGUCUUGUAGGUCUCAGACUUUUCACUUGUGUGCUUUUCUUAAUGGAACGAAACCUAAAGUUAGCAUACUGAAUGUACUUUAAUAACUGCAAUUGUUCUGAGUUUUCCAAGUCGAUCUGGAUCUUUAAAACGUAUCUAAAACACAUUUACGGUUUUGUACAAAGUUUAACCGUUUAUUCCACCUUUCCAAAGAGCGGAGUUGUAUUAGACAAGAACUUUUUUUGCUAUCACUGUGACGCGACUCAGUAGUACUGUACAUGUAGAUUUAUAUAUUUAACCAGUUCAACUCGACAGCCUGAAGAAACCCUUUGCUUGCAGUUUGACGAGAUAUAAAUAAGGGAUCGUGUACAAGAGCCAGUCAUUAUCGCAAAAUCAACCCUGAUAGGAUGAUUAUGAUGCAUCAUAAUGACCGGCUUGCUCUACGUUAUCCUAUUUAUUACAGGGCGACUUACGAAAUCAAUUUGGCUCAAAGUAUUGAUUUUAAAAAUUUUCUUCUGCUAAUGACUGUCCACGGACCAUAGAAUGCUGUAAAUUGACCAAUCAGAAUUGAGUAUUUAAAUGAGCUAUGUAAUAAAUAUAAACAGGAUUUUUUUUUCUUUUUGGCAAUUUGCAAAUAAAUAAUUGAGAGUUCCACAAAAAUAAAGCAAGGCUCUCAAAUGGAUAAAUUGAAAUGUUUGUUGAGCCAAGUAAACAUGGUCACCAAAUAUGUUUGAAUGCACAAAUGCGCACUCCUAUUCUUCAUUUAUGGACUUCUGAAACAUUUCUCAAAUCAGCCAGCCAAAGACACCAGGUUGUUAUUUCAACUGCUUACAGCAGAAAUAUGCUCAAUCAGCUUAAUCUUUCUAAGCGUUGCAUGUCAGAUUGCCAGGUCUUUCUCCUCCUGCUUGAUUCUGCUGCCAGUAUGUUUAAGAUUUGGCACUUAGCAUACCUCAGAUUACUUUACAUUAAUAUCCUGCCAGUUUACUGCCAUCAGGAAAACCUGUUUUUUUUUUUUUUUCAUGAAAGUAUGGAGAUGACAGCUGGUACAAAAAUACCUCCAAGUCAUGAAGAUUUUGAUUUUUGUGGAAAUCAUGAUAUUUACUUGCAAAUUAUGCAGCAGGAACAGCCCCAUACAUUUAAGAAAAAAUGACCUUUUUUACAUCAGCCAUUAAACACUUUGUAUUUCAAGUUACAGAACUUUAGCAGCAGUGGGUGUAAUAUGAAUCCUCCUGUUUUGCUUUGUUUUUCCCGUCAUUGCUGAGGUGUUAUUGCAGUAAUGACAUUCAGGGGAAAGAAACUUCUCUACUCACCACCACUUUAGAACCCAGAGAAAUGAAUGUUAGACUUUUAAACCAUCUUUAAGAAAUAUUUGCAGAUUUCUCCUAUACAGUGAAAAAGGAAUGUUCAUCAAAGAAGUCAUUUCUCAAAAGCUUUCUGUACUCCACUGCAGUUUUUCACACAACCUCUAUAAAAAUCCUGUCCCACUGUU